AUGCAACUAGGGAAGCAUCUGAGUAAGGUUUGGUCUAGAAAAAUUGAGAACCAAAGGCCUGUAGAGGAGUGGGAGAUUGAUUUGGCUAAGUUGGAUUUAUGGCACGUUAUAGCUCAUGGAACCUAUGGGACAGUGUAUCGUGCCACUUAUGAUAAUCAAGAUGUUGUAGGUGUGAUAUCAGUGGCAUUACAUGGUGCAGAGAAAGACAAAUUGAUGAUGGUUGGUGAUGAGGUUGAUGCAGUCUGCUUGACUAGUUCCUUGAGAAAAAAGCUUUGCCAUGCAAGCUUGGAGACAGUGGAAGAAGUGAAAGACAAAAAGGCUGAAGAUCCGAAGAAAGAUGAAGACAAGAAAACUCUAAUCCAAAAGAUAGUUAUCAAGGCGUCAAUGCAUUGCAGCAAAUGCAGAACAAAGGCAUUGCAGAUAGCUGCUGCUGCAGAUGGUGUGACAUCAGUGGCAUUACAUGGCUCAGAAAAGAAUCAACUGAUGAUAAUUGGAGAUGGGGUAGAUGCAGCAGGCUUGACAGACUCGUUGAGAAAGAAGCUUUGUCAUGCAAGUUUAGAAAUGAUAGAAGAAGUGAAACCACCCAAACCAGAACCACCCAAACCCAAACCAGAACCACCCAAACCACCAAAUCCGAAUCCAAAUCCAAUUGUAUGCCAUUGUCCAAUUGUAUGCCAUUGUCCAAUUGUAUGCCAUUGUCAGCAACAACCCCAGGUUGAAUAUUAUAAAGUAGUUUGUGAGCCCUAUCCACCCCCUUGUACUAUUAUGUGAAACAAAAAGACUUUAAUGGCAUAUCAUCACCAUUAAUGAAGUCAUGUUAGCUUGUUGUAACUCCAAUAAUUAACUCAUUUUCCCCAACUUCUUGUUCUUUCCUCAUUUGUAGUUCUCCAGCUCCAUAGAUUAAGACUUGACAAUUCAUAUAUAUUGUGUUCAUAUCAUGUCAAAUUCGUUUAUCGUAUUAGAUUCGUGUUAAUACGUU